UAGCAGAGGGAGGAGGCGGGCGCGGUUGCGGAGAAGCUGGGGCUGAAGCGGGACAGGUCCCCGCGGCGAGAGAGCUUCUGGAGUGCGGUGUCCGGGAGCAGAGGACAGAAAGAAAAUUGUUCCAGCCCCCAAGUUCCAGUCCCAGGUCAGCAGUUACUAACUGUGACAAUUGGUGCCAACAAGCAAGGUGGUAGCAGCUAUCUCCAACCUAGGCUGCAGGAGUGAAUUUUGAGGAGAUCUGUGAUUGCUUGGUGAAUUCAUUACCAGUAAAUCAUAAGCCGUGACCAUGACUACUGAAGUUGGCUCCACGUCUGAAGUGAAGAAGGAAUCUGACCAGUUAGGAGCAGAUGCGACCAAGGAGAAACCUAAAGAAGUAGCAGAAAAUCAGCAGAAUCCAUCAUCGGAUCCAGAGGAGGAAAAAGAUUCCAAGUCACCUCCUUCAGCUAAAAGCCAAAGUAGUCCCCACCGCCAGAAAAGGCAGAAGGAUCCAUCUGAGAGUAGGGGCAUUUCUCGCUUCAUACCCCCUUGGCUUAAGAAACAAAAGUCCUAUAACUUAGUAGUGGCCAAAGAUGGAGGAGAUAAGAAAGAGCCUACCCAAGCUGUUGUGGAAGAACAGGUUUUAGAUAAAGAGGAAUCUCUUCCUGAAGAAGAAAGGCAGGCCAAGGGUGAUGCUGAAGAAAUAGCUCAGAGAAAACAGCAGGUCAUUAAAGUUGAUGUCAAGGAAGAGAAACCUCCGGUGAGCAGUCCUGAGACACAGCCUGCUGAAGAAGUAAGAAAGGAGAGAGAGGAGGAGAAGGGAAAGGAAAUACAGGAAGACAAAUCAGAAGAAACAGCAAAGAGGGAGACAAAGGAAGUGCAGACCAAUGAGCUAAAAGCAGAGAAGGCUGCUCAGAAGGCCACCAAAAAGGCCAAAACUGUCCAGUGUAAAGUGACCCUCCUCGAUGGCACCGAGUACAGCUGUGACCUGGAGAAAAGUGCUAAGGGACAAGUGUUAUUUGACAAAGUGUGUGAACAUCUCAACCUCUUGGAGAAGGACUACUUUGGACUUACAUUUCAGGAAAGCCCUGAGCAGAAAAACUGGCUAGAUCCUGCAAAACAAAUAAAGAGACAGCUUCGAAAUCUUCCCUGGCUGUUUGCUUUUAAUGUGAAGUUUUAUCCUCCUGAUCCUUCUCAAUUGACUGAAGAUAUCACCAGAUACUUCCUGUGCCUUCAGCUCCGGCAGGACAUUGCCUCUGGCCGCCUGCCCUGCUCAUUUGUGACUCAUGCCCUCCUGGGAUCUUACACACUACAGGCUGAACUUGGAGACUAUGACCCAGAAGAGCAUGCCAGUCAUGACCUCAGUGACUUCCACUUUGCCCCCUCCCAGACUAAGGAGUUGGAAGAGAAGGUGGUAGAGCUGCAUAAAACCCACAGGGGCUUAUCUCCAGCACAAGCUGAUUCUCAGUUCUUAGAAAAUGCAAAGAGACUUUCCAUGUAUGGCGUUGACCUACAUCAUGCCAAGGACUCAGAAGGCGUGGACAUCAAGCUGGGCGUGUGUGCUAAUGGGCUCCUCAUUUACAAAGACAGACUGAGAAUCAAUCGUUUUGCUUGGCCAAAAAUCUUGAAAAUUUCCUAUAAGCGCAGUAACUUCUACAUUAAAGUUAGGCCAGCAGAGCAGGAACAGUUUGAGAGCACCAUUGGAUUCAAACUGCCGAACCACCGGGCUGCAAAAAGGCUAUGGAAAGUGUGCGUGGAGCAUCACACUUUUUACAGGCUUGUGUCUCCAGAGCAGCCACCAAAGGCCAAGUUCCUGACCUUGGGGUCCAAAUUCCGCUACAGUGGCCGCACCCAGGCCCAGACCCGCCAGGCAAGCACCCUCAUUGAUAGGCCAGCGCCACACUUUGAGCGCACAUCUAGUAAGCGGGUCUCCAGGAUUCUAGAUGGAGCUCUAAUUGGUGAUGUGGACCAAAGUCUUAGGAAGGAUUUUCCUGGCCCUGCUGGGGAGGUGUCAGCGUAUGGCCGUGGAGCUGUCGGCGCUGUUACAGUCCAGGAUGCAGAUGGCAGGAGGGACAUCAGAAGCCCCACUAAAGCCCCACAUGUGCAGCUCAUUGAAGGAAAGAAAAAUUCCUUGAGAGUAGAAGGGGAUAAUAUUUAUGUCAGACAUAGCAAUUUAAUGUUGGAGGACCUGGAUAAGGCCCAGGAGGACAUACUGAAACAUCAGGCUAGCAUUAGUGAACUCAAGCGCAAUUUUAUGGAAUCCACACCUGAGCCGCGCCCUAAUGAAUGGGAAAAACGACGUAUCACACCUCUGUCCCUACAGACACAAGGGAGAAAAGGAGACCAUGUUUUCAAGGAUAUUUUAUCCGUGAAGGAGAAGCAUCAGAUGGCGGCAACACGGACACUUGAAGAAAAAGCCCAGGAGGCAGACAAGAGCCUAGAAGAGGAGAUAACAUCAAUUUUGUUUAGUGAAAAGGGCUUUUCCGAUAGCAUGAAAGCCACCUUCACUUCAGCCACCACUUGGACAGCAGAGGGCACUGUUGUGAACUAUAAUGCACCUUCUGAAAUGCUUUCUUCCUCGUCCUCCUCACAGUUGCCUGAGAAACGCGCUCCUGAGUCAGAAGGGCCUUGCACUGGAGCCAGUGAUGCUGUUAAGAGUUCACAUGAGACUCUGAAUGUAGUGGAGGAGAAGAAGCAGGCAGAGGUUGGGAAAGACGAAAGAGUAAUCACAGAAGAAAUGAACGGUAAAGAGCUAUCACCUGGGAGUGGUCCUGGGGAGAGCCGUAAGGUGGAGCCUCUGACCCAGAAAGACUCCACCUCCCUGUCUUCUGAGAGCAGCAGCAGCAGCAGCGAGAGCGAGGAUGAAGAUGGGGGCGAGUACCGGCCCCACCACCGAGUGACCGAGGGCACCAUACAGGAAGAACAGGAGGACGAAGAAGAGGUGGAGGAAGAGGCCGGCCGAGCAGCCAAGGUAGUAGAGAGGGAGCAGCCAGUGCCAGAAGCCAGCCCAGGCAAACAAGCAGGUGCCAGUGUAAGCACAGUAGAAACAGUGGCCCAGGAAAACGUAGGUGCCCCCAAGGUAUCUGCAGAGAAGAGUGUACACGAAGGUGCUCUUAAGCAAGACGUGAGCGAAGACACAGAGGACGAGCAGCAUAAAGUUAACGGAGAGGUGUCUCAUGUUGACAUUGAUGUUAUGCCACAAAUUAUUUGUUGUUCCGAGCCACCCGUGGUAAAGACAGAGAUGGUAACAAUUUCUGAUGCCUCACAAAGGACAGAAAUCUCCACCAAGGAAGUCCCUAUUGUCCAAACUGAGACCAAAACCAUCACAUAUGAAUCUCCACAGGUUGAUGGUGGGGCUGCUGGUGACUCGGGCACAUUACUGACCGCACAGACCAUCACAUCCGAUUCCGUGUCGACAACCACCACCACACACAUCACCAAGACUAUAAAAGGUGGAAUAUCUGAAACAAGAAUUGAGAAACGCAUUGUGAUCACAGGAGAUGCAGAUAUUGAUCAUGACCAGGCGCUGGCCCAGGCCAUCCGGGAAGCCAGAGAGCAGCACCCCGACAUGUCGGUCACGAGAGUGGUGGUGCACAAAGAGACUGAGUUGGAGGAAGGGGAAGACUAAGUUAAGAAAGUCAUUUAUUAAACAACAUUCAACUUUGUGAACCUGAAGAAUUUUGACCAUUUCAAGUCUUAAUGCCACACCACUACUGCAGCGAAUUUAUACUACGACUGGUAACAAUGACCAGAAGCCUGAAGAAUUAAAAUGCCAACACCAAACCUUACCUUAACAGCUCUGGUCUACACUGUUCCCUUGCAUUUUAAUAUAUUAUUUUGUUUUAUAACCACUUCUAAAUAUGCUUGGUUCUUUCUUUCUUUUCUUUUUCUUUCUUUCUUUUUUUUUUUUAAAUUAGGGAGUUUUCUUCCCUGUUUACUUUGUGUACAACUACCUGCUUUGUAUGACUCAUUUUUGAUCCAAUGAUAGUGAACAAAGCCAGCCCCAGCUGGUAAGGUGCUGUUCACUUGAACAGGUGCUGUUGUGCGGAAAGGAAACUCUGUGACUAACUUAGACAGUGGCUUUCCUUCUUCCAGAUUCUUCCCGCUGAAUUCCCAUUGAAUUCCCGUAAAUAUUGACAGUUUUCAGAUUGCAGUAAACAUGCUGUAUGAGAAAAUAUUAAUACAGAUUAAUGGCAUUUCUUACAUCUCAAAAAUUUUCUAAUGUUUGAGAAAUUCAUUGGGGAUAUUUUUUAUAUCGCACUCUUAUUGACUUUCCAGUCCUGUGACUUUUUACUGUUCGUAGACGGUCAGAGACUGUCCAGACUGGAGAAUUAGGAAGAAGUCCGCCGACCACGCACUGUGUAGAGACCCCAUCGUGCGCAGUGCCGGCGCUUCCCAGACGCACGCUCUUCGGCAGCAUUCCAGGACCAGGAGGGAGGAGACAGGAAACUGUGUCUUCCCUUCGACUAAAAUGUUCAGGCAGCUUAAAACCUUAGUGCUUUCUUUCUUAACAUGUCCAUAUUUCAAUACUUUCCGCUGUUGGAACAUUUGGGUAGAACACUUGCUUUGUAUUAAACCUCCUUGUCGACAUGUAAAACUGGCCUUUUGUUAAUUGAGCAGGUCUGUCUCCUCCAGAGAGGAGUUGGAUGAUCCACACAGGUUGGAGGACACUGGGGAGGGGAGGAGGUAGGGGCUGUGGCGGUGUUCUGAUGCUUAAAAGAAAGCUAGACCAUUUAAAGCUCACACGAGAGACCUGAUAGGGACUUAUUAACUGUAUUGAACAUUUUUUCCUUUGCUUUUGACCCUAUGUAUAGUUAUGAUGCCAGAUU